AUGGUUCAAGGAGGUCCGUCACGGAGACUGUAUAAGCGGAACCAUGAUCAACAUUGGAGGGAACAACAAGUCGUAUUUCCUGUUGUCCCUGGAGGCCCCCAAGAAGAACGACCAGUAAUUAUUACCGGCAUCUUCGGCCACUACCGGACAGAUUAUAUGUUUAUAGAUCCGGGAAUCUCGAUGGACAUCAUAUACGAGCAAUGCUUCAAGCAGCUUGAUCCAGAAGACAAAGCACGUUUAGAACCGGUUGAUUUUCCUCUCACCGGAUUCUGCAACGAAGCUGUAUUCCCAUUAGGACAAAUAGCUUUCCCUGUGACUCUAUCGGAUGGUGAGCAUUCACGAACAGUCACAGUAAAUUUUAUGGUCAUGCCGGCCACAUCACGACAUGAUGUCCUGCUUGGGAGAAGGUUACAAAGAGAAUUUAGCAUGAUCACCUCUAUCCCACACGCUGCGUGCGGAUUUCCAACAGAGACUGGAGUAGCAAUUCUGUACUCAAGCAAGGAGGUCAUGUACGUAGAUGACGAACCACCGGUAAAGGUAGCCAAACCUUCAGCAUCAAAUGAACUGGAGAAAUGGGUCCUGAACAACGAAUAUCCGGAACAGACCAUCCUGCUAGGACACGCCAUUUCACCAACAACACGGAAACAAUUAAAAGAGUUGUUGACCAACAACAAAGAUAUAUUCGCAUGGUGCCCAACAGACAUGACGGGGGUUCCACGCGACAUAGCGCAACAUUGCUUGAAUAUCAAACCAUCAGCAGAACUUGUUGCUCAGGGGAAGCGUAGCUUUAGUGAAGAAAAAGCGAAAGUCAUGGACGAACAGGUAACAGAAUUACUCAAUGCGGGAAUCUUACGCGAAAUCAAAUACCAUACAUGGGUUGCCAACCCAGUAAUGGUACAGAAACACAGUGGCGGAUGGAGAAUGUGCGUCGACUUCAAAGACCUGAAUAAAGCGUGCCCAAAAGAUUGCUACGCACUUCCCGAGAUAGACAAAAAAGUCGACUCUCUAGCGUCAUUCAGAUGGAAGUGUUUUCUUGACUGCUACAAAGGCUAUCAUCAGGUCCAGAUGAAGGAAGACGACGAAGAUAAAACUGCAUUCCGCACAGACAAGGGCAUCUUCUGUUACACUAAAAUGCCCUUUGGCUUGCGCAAUGCAGGCGCAACUUACCAACGCUUGAUGGACGCAGUUUUUAGAGGCGACAUUGGCAAGACAGUCGAGGUAUACAUGGAUGACCUCGUCAUCAUGAGCCACGAGGAAGACACAAUGCUCAACAAUAUUCAGCGCACGUUUGACUCUUUGCGCAACGUAAACCUGAAACUGAAUCCAACAAAAUGCUCUUUCGGCAUGGAGGAGGGAAAAUUUUUGGGCUUUAUAGUCACAAGAGAUGGGUUUAAAGUGAAUCCAGAAAAGGUCCAGGCCAUUCAGCUAAUGCCAUCACCUGCAACGAUCAAAGAAAUGCAAAGACUCGCCGGGCGCUUAGCGGCCUUGAACAGAUUCUUGGCUAAUCAUGCGGCAAAGUCUUACCCAUUCAUCAGCACGCUGCGAAAUUGCGCAAAGAAAACCGACUUUCAGUGGACACCCGAAGCGGAAGCAGCAUUCAAACAAAUGAAAGAAUAUUUAAUUCAGCUACCAACGCUGACUGCGCCAAAAGAAAAAGAACCAUUGAUUUUAUACCUGUCUGCUGCAGAAGUAGCGGUAGGUGCAGUAUUGAUGGUAGAGCGAGAAAACAUUCAGACUCCAAUUUACUAUAUAAGUAAGAUGCUCACCGGCCCAGAAACUCGUUACUCGAUGAUAGAGAAACUAGUCUUAGCAUUACUACAUGCAACACGACGCCUACGCAGGUAUUUUUCGGGCCAUGUCAUCACAGUUCUCACCAAUUAUCAUUUAGGCCAAAUCUUAUCGAAACCCGACGUGGCGGGAAGGAUGGCUAAAUGGGCUAUUGAUCUGGGGGGAUAUAAUAUCUUGUAUAGACCAAGACCAGCAAUUAAAGGGAAAGUUCUAGCAGACUUUGCCACAAAAGUUCCCAUCGACAAAGUUCAAGAGUGCGAGGCGAUCCAGAACCCUAUUCCUGUUUUCGAUGAUAGGGUAUGGACCCUACACACAGAUGGAGCUUCAAAUGACGACGGAGCCAGCGCAGGCCUUCGAUUAGUCAGUCCCGAUGAUCACGAACUUACAUAUGCUAUACGCUUGGAUUUCCGAAGCACAAACAACGAAGCCGAAUAUGAAGCAUUCUUGGCAGGUCUCCGCUUAGCACUUAAAAUAGGAGCAAGGAACCUUGAAGCCAACGUCGAUUCAAAGCUAGUGGCCGAGCAAGUUAAUGGCCAUUAUGAUGCUAAAGGAGAAGCUAUGGCAUUAUACCUUGAACAAGCGCGAGCAUUAAUCAGCCAAUUCCAGACAUUCAGGGUUAAUCAUAUAAACAGAAGUGAAAACAAAUAUGCGGACGCAUUAAGCAAAUUGGCCGCGACUAGCUUCAAACACUUAGCAAAAGAAGUGCGCAUAGAGGUACUAUCCAAUCCCUCUGUUCCUCUCAAACAAGUCAACAUCAUAGAGAUCGGCAGUCCGUCAUGGAUGUCCCCGAUCAUUUCGUACCUUCAGCACGGGAAACUCCCGGAAGAAAAAUCAGAAGCCAGGAAAAUUCAGAAUAAAGCAAUAAACUACGAAAUGGCAGACGACAUUCUAUACAGAAAGACAUUCAUGGGACCAUUGCUCAGGUGCGUUGACAAGACAGACGCACAAUACCUAAUCAGAGAAAUCCACGAAGGAUUAUGCGGAAUACAUGCUGAAGAUCUUCAAAAAUGGUUCAAAGAAAUAAAGAUCGAACAUCAUUUUGCCUCCGUCGCCCACCCACGAGCAAACGGUCAGGUAGAAAGUAUAAACAAACAGAUCGUUGAUGGUAUAAAAGCGAGACUUGGGACAGCGCGCAGGGGAUGGGUUGACGAACUCCCCAGCAUCCUAUGGGCACAUCGAACAAUGCCAAAGACUAGCACGGGAGAAACCCCAUUUAGCCUGGUUUACGGGUCAGAAGCGGUAAUCCCAGCCGAAGUUGGUCUUCUAUCACCGCGCAUGAUAGCCAUAGAGAAGCAGAACAGUGAGCAAGAGCGAAGAAUGGAUUUAGACCUUCUUGAAGAAAGGCGCGAGAAUGCCGCCAUCACUGAAGCAAGGUACAAAUCCAAACUCGAAAAAUAUUACAAUGCACGCGUACGCGUAUGUACCUUUGUCCCCGGUGAUUUUGUCUUGCGCGACAAUGAAGCAUCAAAUGCGGAAAAACCGGGCAAAUUAGCCCCAAGAUGGGAAGGGCCAUACAUCAUCAAUGAAGUCCUAGGCAAGGGGGCAUACACCCUAAAAAGGAUUGACGGGACUCUAGUUCCCCGCACCUCGAACGCACAGCAGCUGCGCAGGUGUUACAUGUAG